UAAUUUUGCAGCUACCUCUAAUAACCCAUUCAAUUACACAGUUUAAUCAUCAACAAUCCAUAUCAGACAUUAAAUUUGGCCACAACCAAAUUGGUGCGCUCCAAAAAUACCUCCCAUCAAAUUCAUCACACCCGGGCCCUCCUUGAUUAACUCCAUGCUUAAAUUAAUUCCCAAUCAAGAAACCCAAUUCCUGAGUAAUGUACAAGAACAUGCUCUCUUUAAUGAUAUUUAUAAGUCUUAAGUUUUUGGAGUAUGAUAAAGUACUGGUAGCCAUAAAGCAGUGCUAAGGGUCUAGAAGGCAAAUAUAAGGGAGGAGUAGCAGCAGCAGCAUAGUUGAGGUAAGAAAAUCUUAGAGUUGAAUCCAAAAUGGUGAAUGAUGGUGUAUCGAUUGAGAAGUCCUUCAGAAUAAAGGAGGAUGAUAGGUUCUUCUCAAGGCUAUUGUCGAAGGAAACCUCCAAGGCUAACUCUUCUUCAAGGGUCUUCUAUUAUGGAGAAACAUCAAUCGCAGUUCCUUUCACAUGGGAGGCACAACCUGGUACCCCAAAACAUCCUUCUUCUCAGACUUCUCUACCUCCUCUCACACCCCCUCCUUCGUAUUACUCCAAUUCCAAAACCAGCAACAAGAGAACAACCAAGACCAACAUAUUUUCAUGCAUUUUCCCAAGGUUUAUCAAACCUUCAAGAAAGCACCAGGGCUCACCAUCAUCAUCUCGCUCAUCCUCCUCUUCCUCAUCGUCUUCAUGGUCAUUGGUAUACCCAUCCGAUCAAGGAACCCUCUCCUUCUCACGCUCAACUACUACUGUUCGCACUUUUCUCAAACAUAAAGCUUCCAACAGAUUCAGAGGCUGCUAUUCUUUCGGAAACAUAAGGAACGCAGCCUAGUCUGUCAAGGUAAAAUCGUUACAACAACAUCGUUUUCUGCUGUGUAUCAGAAAAAUGUAGAUGUUUGGUUGGUCAUCAUCGUGUGAGUUUCGAAUGUGUGGACAAAAUAAUUUCCUAUCUCAUUAUUUUAGUUGAGAUUGUAUAU